AGAGAAUAGUCCUCGCGCAAACGGGACACGGUGGUGGAUGCAAUUCCGCUCGCCUACAGCCGUCAGGAGCUCCCUGGCGCCUCAGGCAGCGUCCUCCUCCGAAGCAGCUGCGCCUGCCCCUGGGCAGCCUGGACCUUCGUGCCCUGCCCCCGGGGCCUCGCGCGGGGGGCGCCCCGGGACACCCCCUGUGGGCCGGGUGGAGGAGGAAGAGGAGGAGGAAGAAGACGUGGACCGGGACCCGUACCCUACGCGGAACACCUGGCUGCGCUGCUGCCACUUCUCUCUAAGGGGGAGAAGAGAGCCGGGGAGAGCCAUGGGGGGCAGCGAAGUCCGGGAAUUUCUUUUGCAAUUUGGUUUCUUCUUGCCUCUGCUGACAGCUUGGCCGGGCGACUGCAGUCACGUCUCCAACAACCAAGUUGUGUUGCUUGAUACAACAACUGUCCUGGGAGAGCUAGGAUGGAAAACAUAUCCAUUAAAUGGGUGGGAUGCCAUCACUGAAAUGGAUGAACACAAUAGGCCCAUUCACACAUACCAGGUAUGUAAUGUGAUGGAACCAAACCAAAACAACUGGCUUCGUACAAACUGGAUCUCCCGUGAUGCAGCUCAGAAAAUUUAUGUGGAAAUGAAGUUCACACUGAGGGAUUGUAACAGCAUCCCAUGGGUCUUGGGGACUUGCAAAGAAACAUUCAAUCUAUAUUAUGUGGAAUCAGAUGAGUCCCAUGGAAUUAAAUUCAAGCCAAGCCAGUAUACAAAGAUUGACACAAUUGCUGCUGAUGAAAGUUUUACCCAGAUGGAUUUGGGUGAUCGCAUCCUCAAACUCAACACUGAAAUUCGUGAGGUGGGGCCUGUAGAAAGGAAGGGAUUUUAUCUGGCUUUUCAAGACAUUGGGGCAUGCAUUGCCCUAGUUUCGGUCCGUGUUUUCUACAAAAAGUGCCCCUUUACUGUUCGUAAUCUGGCAAUGUUUCCAGACACUAUCCCAAGGGUUGAUUCUUCCUCCUUGGUUGAAGUAAGGGGCUCUUGUGUGAAGAGUGCAGAAGAGCGUGACACUCCUAAACUGUAUUGUGGAGCUGAUGGAGAUUGGCUGGUUCCUCUUGGAAGGUGUAUCUGCAGUACAGGAUAUGAAGAAAUUGAAGGUUCUUGCCACGCUUGCAGACCAGGAUUCUAUAAAGCAUUUGCUGGCAACACAAAGUGUUCUAAAUGUCCUCCACACAGUUUAACCUACAUGGAAGCAACUUCUGUCUGUCAGUGUGAAAAGGGUUACUUUCGAGCUGAACAAGACCCACCUUCCAUGGCAUGUACCAGGCCACCUUCAGCUCCUAGGAAUGUGGUUUUUAACAUCAAUGAAACGGCCCUUAUUUUGGAAUGGAGCCCACCAAGUGACACAGGAGGGAGAAAAGAUCUCACAUACAGUGUGAUCUGUAAGAAAUGUGGCUUAGAUACCAGCCAGUGUGAGGACUGUGGUGGAGGACUCCGCUUCAUCCCAAGACAUACUGGCCUGAUCAACAAUUCCGUGAUAGUACUUGACUUUGUGCCUCACAUGAAUUACACCUUUGAAAUAGAAGCCAUGAAUGGAGUUUCUGAGUUGAGUUUUUCUCCCAAGCCAUUCACAGCUAUUACAGUGACCACGAAUCAAGAUGCACCUUCCCUGAUAGGUAUGGUAAGGAAGGACUGGGCAUCCCAAAAUAGCAUUGCCAUAUCAUGGCAAGCACCUGCUUUUUCCAGUGGACCCAUACUGGACUACGAGAUCAAGUACUAUGAGAAAGACCACGAGCAGCAGCUCUCCUAUUCCUCCACGAGGUCCAAGGCCCCCAGUGCCAUCAUCACAGGUCUCAAGCCAGCCACCAAGUACAUUUUUCAUAUCCGAGUGAGGACUGCAACAGGGUACAGUGGAUACAGUCAGAAGUUUGAGUUUGAAACAGGAGAUGAAACUUCUGACAUGGCAGCAGAACAGGGGCAGAUUCUCGUGAUAGCCACCGCGGCCGUGGGAGGAUUCACUCUCCUCGUCAUUCUUACUUUGUUCUUCUUAAUCACUGGAAGAUGUCAAUGGUAUAUAAAGGCCAAAAUGAAGUCAGAAGAGAAGAGAAGAAAGGACUUACAGAAUGGGCAUUUACACUUCCCAGGAAUUAAAACUUACAUAGAUCCAGAUACAUAUGAAGACCCAUUCCUAGCAGUCCAUGAAUUUGCAAAGGAGAUCGAUCCCUCAAGAAUACGCAUUGAGAGAGUCAUUGGGGCAGGUGAAUUUGGAGAAGUCUGUAGUGGGCGUUUGAAAACACCAGGGAAAAGAGAGAUUCCAGUUGCCAUCAAAACUUUGAAAGGUGGCCAUAUGGAUCGGCAAAGAAGAGAUUUUUUAAGAGAAGCAAGUAUCAUGGGUCAGUUUGACCACCCAAAUAUCAUUCGCUUAGAAGGUGUUGUCACAAAAAGAUCCUUCCCGGCCAUUGGGGUGGAAACGUUUUGCCCCAGCUUCCUGAGGGCAGGGUUUUUAAAUAGCCUCCAGGCCCCUCAUCCAGUGCCAGGGAGAGGAUCUUUGCCCCCCAGGAUUCCUGCAGGCAGACCAGUAAUGAUUGUGGUGGAAUAUAUGGAAAAUGGAUCCCUAGACUCCUUUUUACGGAAACAUGAUGGCCACUUCACAGUCAUCCAGUUGGUUGGUAUGCUCCGAGGCAUUGCAUCAGGAAUGAAGUACCUUUCUGAUAUGGGUUAUGUUCACCGAGAUCUAGCAGCUAGGAAUAUAUUGGUCAACAGCAACUUAGUAUGCAAAGUUUCUGAUUUUGGUCUCUCCCGAGUGCUGGAAGAUGAUCCAGAAGCUGCUUACACAACAACUGGUGGGAAAAUACCCAUAAGGUGGACAGCCCCAGAAGCUAUUGCCUACAGAAAAUUCUCCUCGGCAAGUGAUGCAUGGAGCUAUGGCAUUGUCAUGUGGGAGGUCAUGUCCUAUGGAGAGAGACCUUACUGGGAAAUGUCUAACCAAGACGUCAUUCUGUCCAUUGAAGAAGGUUACAGACUUCCGGCUCCCAUGGGCUGUCCAGCAUCUCUACACCAGCUGAUGCUCCAUUGCUGGCAGAAGGAGAGAAAUCACAGACCAAAAUUUACUGACAUUGUCAGCUUCCUUGACAAGCUGAUCCGCAAUCCCAGUGCCCUUCACACCCUGGUAGAGGACAUCCUUGUAAUGCCAGACUCCCCUGGUGAAGUUCCCGAAUAUCCUUUGUUUGUGACGGUCGGUGACUGGCUGGAUUCUAUAAAGAUGGGGCAAUAUAAGAAUAACUUCAUGGCAGCAGGGUUUACAACUUUUGACCUUAUUUCAAGAAUGAGCAUUGAUGAUAUUAGAAGAAUUGGAGUCAUACUCAUUGGACACCAGAGACGAAUAGUCAGCAGUAUACAGACUUUACGUUUACACAUGAUGCACAUACAGGAGAAAGGAUUUCAUGUAUGA